UCUCAGCCUAGGGAGGGAAGGGUCCUCUGUUUAUAAAUCUUCUCACUCGCUCUAUUCUCAAACUCAAACACACUUCUAUAAUGGAUCGGAAAAGCCUCCUCUCCCUCGCAAUCAUCGCCAUUGUCGUCGCCGCCGUCGGAGGACAGUCUCCAGCGGCGGCGCCCACCACUUCUCCUCCGGCUGCCACCACCACUCCCUUUGCAUCCCCAGCCACAGCCCCUUCUAAGCCAAAAUCACCGGCGCCAGUUGCUUCUCCCACGUCAUCAUCUCCACCAGCUUCGUCCCCCAAUGCUGCAACCGCAACCCCACCCGCUUCAUCUCCCACAGUAGCAUCUCCUCCGUCUAAAGCUGCCGCUCCAGCUCCGGUGGCUACACCUCCCGCAGCCACUCCUCCUGCGGCUACACCACCGGCAGCCACACCUCCUGCCGUGACUCCAGUGAGUUCGCCGCCAGCGCCAGUUCCGGUGAUUUCUCCACCUGCUCCUGUUCCGGUGAGCUCUCCACCUGCACUCGCACCGACAACUCCCGCACCCGUGGUAGCACCCAGCGCUGAGGUUCCGGCACCCGCUCCCAAGUCAAAGAAGAAGACAAAGAAGAGUAAGAAGCACACUGCACCAGCACCGUCGCCGUCAUUGCUUGGCCCUCCCGCUCCUCCGGUAGGAGCUCCGGGAUCAAGCCAGGAUUCCAUGUCUCCUGGUCCAGCUGUAUCUGAGGACGAGAGUGGAGCUGAAACCAUCAGGUGCUUGAAGAAGGUCAUUGGAUGCUUAGCCUUGAGCUGGGCUACCCUUGUUUUGUUCUUCUAGAGAAGAGGCUGAGGCUUCAUUGCUGCUGUUACAUAGUAUUAUUGUAUCAUUUAUUGUCUUUUUUGGACCCUGUCGGGGGGCUAAAAUUAAAUUUAUUACCAUUGUUUUCUUCAAUCUCUUAUUACUUUAUAAUUGAUGAUGUUUGUUGACACUAUUAUUAUUUUAGUACUCCUUGCUCCCUUGCUUCGUGUU